AGACCAAACUUGGUACGGUAGGCUAAGCGAGGUAGUAAAUCAAGGUCCCGAGCCUGGAUUCUUAUUUCUUUACUGGGCCGGCACAUACCUAUCCAUCGAGGAGCAGAUUCCGAUCCGGUUUCUCUUAACGUACAAUCGAGGAAGGGUUCAUGCGGACAGCUUCCACAGCGUGACGACAGGCAGCCGCACGACGCACGAAGCAAAACGGAACGGACCGAAGCCUGAGCAAACUUACCACGGUUGCAUUGCAAACUAAUAGUAAAGAUUGCUUGCAGCACGUAGUCGGACCUGCCGUGUCCUAGUAGAAGUAGACUAGGUUUGGGCCGACUCGGUUUAGUUUUCCGAGUUGUACUAGUUCGAGUCGGCUAUGUACUAGCCAGCCGGACCAGGUCCUAUAUAUGCACCUGUAUACGAUGCUUUUGCAUCAAGCUCAUCAAGCUCCAGCGUGAGCGCACUCAUGGUCAAGGACGAGCAGAUGCAAUACCCGUUCUUCACGGAGGGCACCAGGGAACUGCUCCAGGCGCGCAUCAACAUCGCGCACUACUCCCUGCCUCGUGCUAAGGCCAGGCUCGAGAGGGCCAACAAGCAGCCCCGCCUCGGUGACUCCGGCGAGGACCCCGACAACCAUGUCGUGAAGCGGGCAGGGGACUUCGUCCUCAACUGCAGCGAGAUCGGAGACGACCGCCCGCUCACCGCCUGCUCCUUCUCCCGCGACGCGUCAAUGCUCGCCACGAGCUCCUGGAGCGGGAUCACCAAAGUAUGGAGCAUCACGCCACCAGGGAUAACCAAAAUCGCGGCCCUCAAAGGCCACACAGAACGUGCUACAGAUGUCGCUUUCUCUCCGGCCGAUAACUGCCUACUAGCAACAGCCUCCGCGGACAAAACCGCCAAACUAUGGAAUAUCAGCAGCGAUAACAGGUCACUUCUAACGUCUUUUCACGGUCACCAGGAUCGUCUUGCUCGCCUCGCCUUCCAUCCAUCCGGAAGAUACCUUGGCACAGCCAGCUUCGACAAGACCUGGAGACUUUGGGAUGUCAACACCGGGACACAGCUCCUACUCCAGGAGGGGCAUAGCAGAGGUGUAUACGGAGUCGGCUUCCACCCUGACGGCUCCCUAGCUGCAUCCUGUGGGCUUGAUGCGCACGCUCUGGUCUGGGACCUAAGAUCUGGAAGAUUAUACUAUACCCUCACAGUGCAUGUCAGUCCUGUCCUUGGAGUCAGCUUCUCCCCUAAUGGUCGUCUAGUCGCAACCGCGGGUGAGGACAAUUUCUGUCGAAUAUGGGAUCUGAGGAUGACUGGAAAGUUGUUGUAUUCUAUACCAGCACAUAAAAGUCUUGUUUCCCAGGUGAAGUUUGCGCCCCGGGAUGGUGCUUAUCUGGCGACGUCUUCCUAUGACACUACAACGGCGCUAUGGUCAGCCCAGAAUUACAAACCAAUAAAAACUUUGGAUGGCCAUGACUCCACGGUUACCGGUUUGGAUAUCAGUGGAGAUGGGCAGCAGAUCGUGACCGUUUCACAUGAUCGAACCAUAAAGAUGUGGUCAUGCAGCAGAUGAGGCAGCACGCGCGGCGGGAUAA